AGAGUUGCUGAAUUCAGCCUAGUGUCCAGGUCUCCACCAUACCCCCACGCUACUCUCACACUACUGAAGCCUACAGGAUGCGAGUUCUUCUGGUGACACUGCUGCUGGGCGGCGCGCUCGGGGCUUCAGUCGAGAGACCUCGAAGGCAGCUCUUUGGCAACAGCAUUGAUCUUCAGUCGUCCUUGUCGUAUUUACCGCCAAAGGAAGCAGAAAACUGCCAGCCGUCUGUAAUCUACAGCACUCAAGUUCAGUAUUCCACAGUGGUCGUGCCAUCUACUGUAUAUGUAAGUGACGUACAAUACGUCACCCAGACAUCUGUACGCACUCAGCAGGUCUACACCACCGUCUACUCCGAGAUCGUCAGAACCCAAGUGGUGCCGUCCAUCCAGUACCAGACAGUGACCGUCACCCGUACCCAGGACAACGUCCGCACACAGGUCAUCACUCUACCUCCCCAGGUCAACUACGUCACACGGACGCAACAAGUCGUCAGCACACAGGUUCAAUACCAGACCGUAUACUCGACCCGCAUUCAGCAAAUACCAUCAACAGUUACCAGGACUGUAGUUUCUACACAGGUGGUUCCUCAGCAGGUAAUCAGCACAGUCUACCAGACCCAGUAUGUGACCAGCACCGUGCAGCUUCCUGGAAAGACCCGCACCAUAGACAGUACCCAGUACAGCACCAUCUACUCCACCGUGGUGGUGCCCGCUCAGGACGUGUACAGUACAACACAAGUUAUCAGGACCAACGUCGUCACCCAGACCAUCACCCAGCCAGGCCAGACUAAGUACAUCACUUCCACCCAGGUGGUUCCUGUCACCACCACCAUCUACUCCCAGGUGGUGGUCACCAACACCCAGACACAGUACGUGACCCGCACCCAGGUACAGCAGGUGGUCUCCACCUACUACAGUACACAGCAGGUGCCAGAGUACAUUACCAGGACCGUUACCGUUCCACAAGAAGUAGUGAGGACUCAGGUAUCAACACAGGUGGUGCCCACAACCAUCUACACCCAGCAGGUGGUCCCCUCUGUGGUCAACCUUCCCGCUCAGACCCAGUACAUCACCGUCACCAGAACCUCCGUCCGCACCCAGCAGCUGCCAGGCCAGACCCGCACCGAAUAUGACACCAGAACCAUCUACAACACCAACUACGUCACCUCCACCGUCUACAAUCCUCAGUACAAUACGGUGACGGCCACCAAGACUGUAGAGCCUGACUGUAACACCGGCUACAACUAUCCUGAGCCUGCUCGACCCUUCAACGCCCUCGGAUAAAGAGGCGAAAGGUGACCGCGAUUAAGUUAGCACCGAAGAAAUGAGAUAAAGAAUAGCAGAUAUUUGAAUUCUUGAACUCAUCGCUUCAAAAUGAAGAUAACACUAAGAAUAAUGUUGUAAGAAAAUACUUCAUGAAGUGCUGCUUUUGAACAUAGUGUUCAGGAAAAGGAGUAAUACUCUACCACCACUUUUAUACUAUAUACUAUUUUACGAUCAAUGUAUUUAAAUAAAAUUGUACACUGAA